AUGAAGCAUUUCCUUGUUAAGCCUUACAAUAGAGAUGAGGUAGAGAUUGCUCUGAAGCAAAUGCCUCCUUCAAAGGCUCCUGGAAUUGAUGGAAUGCCCGCUGAAAGUGUGAGAAGCCUGAACAAGACUUUGAUAGCUCUCAUUCCCAAAGUUGAAAAGCUGGAAUUUGUGACUCAGUAUAGGCCAAUAUCCCUUUGCAAUGAGAUCUAUAUAAUUAUUUCUAAGACCAUAGCCAACAAAAUAAAGUGUGUGCUCUCAAUGGUCAUAUCUGAAAGCCAGAGCGCUUUUGUUCCAAAGAGAUAA